AUGAGCUGCAGCAAAGAGCAGCAAACAGACUCUUUGUGGCUUUCUGGAGACGCAGCAGCAGCAGCAGCAGCAGCAAAAGAUUUCUCAACUACUCAGUGGAGCCCCUGGUCGGAGUGGAGCAGUUGCGAGGGUAUAGACACCUCAAAGGGCUGGAAGAAAAGACGCAGAAGUAUUAUUUCAUAUGGAUUCGUAGAUGACAACGAAACUGCAGAAGACACAUUAUUUGAAGUUGCUUCUUGUCUGGAAGGAGGGACUUUGAAUUCUUCAGAAGUUAGCAGCAACAUGAACGCAACUUGCUGCGUGUUUGGGGCUUUUGUGGAGUGGUCGGAAGUGGAGUGCGAGCCGGCCUGCGGGAGCGGCCGCUACCAAAUCCGGCGAAGACGGCGUUUGCAGAAUCCAGUGCCGCUUCCGGAAGUUGGAAAAAGUGGAAAAGAAAAUGAAAAUGAAAACGAAAAAAACGAAAAAGACAAAAGUGCAAAAGACCCUUUUUGUGAUUUGGCAAAAUGCGACGAAGACGCAGCAGAGGCGGAGAGCCGCAGGUGCCACGACGUGCCCGACUGCACCUCCGACUGCGUGUACUUGGAGUGGACCCAGUGGUCCAGCUGCAGCUGCAGCGGCCUGCAGUCCAGAAUCCGCAAGUCUGUCUCAGGCACAAUUUGCCCAGAUAUGAAUGAGACGCAGCGCUGCGCCAACGCCAGCUGCAAAGAAGAAGUUAGUUCAAUGACUUAUGUGUACGCGGCGGGGGGCGGCGUGGUGGGGCUGCUGCUGCUGAGUGGCUUUUUUGCUUUUUGGAAAUAUGGAAGAACUGAAAGGCAGCAAGCGGCAACUUACGACACCUUGUGA